UGUUGUGCAUUUGUUUUAUUAUAGAGACACGUAUCUAACCGUCUCUUUUAUUCGUGAUUUUCUUCCUUAUUUCUUUUUCCGUCGAAGAGGGAUUGCCGCAAGAUGGGUAAGGUUAAGUGCACAGAGAUGAGGGCGAAGGAUAAGAAGGAGCUUUUGAAAAAGCUCGAGGAGCUCAAAACAGAGCUGACAAAUCUCCGUGUGGCCAAGGUCACUGGAGGUGCUGCCUCUAAACUUUCAAAGAUCCGUGUUAUGAGGAAAGAAAUCGCUAGAGUAUACAUUAUCAUGCAUCAAAAGCAGAAGGAGAAUUUGCGUCUUUUGUACAAAAACAAGAAGUACAAGCCUUUGGACUUGAGGCCAAAGAAAACUAGAGCCAUCAGAAGAGCACUAACACCUUACCAAGCCAACAAAAAGACUCCAAAAGAGAUACGCAAGAGGUCUGUCUUUCCUCCACGAAAGUAUGCUUUAAAGGUGUAAACUGAGAGGUACUAAUAAGGAAUAAAAUAAACGUUUUUUUAAAAACAUUA